AUUUGGUUCCAUAAAAUUAGUAUACCCGUCCAUGUCGCCUUCUGCAGGCCAACACUCAAAGGAUAGGGAAGAAAAAUAACAUCUCUCCCUCAAAGAAAAGUUAAAACAGUCUAGUAGACCCAGGAUGGCUCAAAGUAAUCCCCCAAGUGUUCCUAAAGCCCCUGUCGAUUACAAUUUCCCUGAUCUUCUCGUCCCACUUCCCACAACUAAAGUGGAUAAGUCCCCUACAGUAACCUUACUCGAUCUGAUGACCAUAAUGAAAGCCAGUGUGGAAGAAAAUAGGGAGACCCAAAACAAAUUAAGUUCCAUUCUGGAGGAAGUGAAAGGCUGCUUAAGGGCACAAUUAAACUCUGUAAAAAAAUAAACUGACCAAGCUAUUAAUCGCAUCCAUUCUUUAGAGACAACUCAACAAUCAGUUACUGUAGAAAUUGAUGAAAUUAAAACUGCAGUCGACAAUAUACAAAAUACUUCCAUUUCUAUUUCAACUUUCCAACCACCCAUGAAUUCCACAAAUUUGUUAAACCCCCAAUCCAUUCUGUUAAAUUCCCUCACUCAGACAGAGAGACUAAGUGAUGCCAGUUCACUGGUAAUAAAUCU